UAGACUUCUCAGGUCACAAGUCACAGUUAGGAAGUUAUAUUUAGUUGAAUGUAUUGUUGUUUAUACAUUUCUACGCCUGCCUGAAUAUUGAACUUUAGCUUUAGCUUUAGCAUAAAAUCUCAGAAAGGCUGAACUUUACAUGCCAAUAAUAUCUGAUACUGACUGAUGUGACCCUGCCAGGUAACCACCUGGAUGCUGGUACCCUGCAUAGGACGUCACAUGUGGUCCCUCUAAGAUCCUGGUCCCAUCUGAGGCGAUCCUAGCUCUCCGGUCCCCGGUCCCACUGAGACCAUGUCCAGCCAGCCAGGAGCAAUGCCCCCCCUGCGCUUCGGCCAGGUGGUCAUUGGACCCCCAGGCUCAGGAAAAACCACUUACUGCCAAGGAAUGCAGGAGUUCCUCACCCACCUGGGACGCAAGGUGGUCGUGGUGAACAUGGACCCUGCCAAUGAAGGACUCCCCUACCCCUGUGCGGUAGAUAUCUCAGAGCUGGUCACUCUGGAUGACGUCAUGGAUAGCUUGAAGCUUGGGCCCAAUGGGGGGCUCCUCUACUGUAUGGACUAUGUUGAAGCAAAUCUGGACUGGUUAGAGAAGAAGCUGAAACAACACAGCGACUGUUAUUUCUUGUUUGAUUGUCCUGGACAAGUGGAGCUCUACACCCACCAGAGCUCAGUCAAGAAUAUAGUCGCACAGCUGGCUAAGUGGAACUUCAGGCUGACAGCAGUGCACCUGGUGGACUCCCAUUACUGUGCUGACCCGGCCAAGUUCAUCUCUGUGCUGUGUACGUCCCUGUCCACCAUGCUGCAUGUAGCUCUUCCACAUGUCAACAUCCUCUCCAAAAUGGACUUGAUUGAGCAGUAUGGAAAGCUAGCGUUCAACCUGGACUUCUACACCGAGGUCAUGGACCUGACCUAUCUGCUGGAUCACCUGGCUGCAGACCCCUUCUUUAAAAAAUUCCACCAUCUCAAUGAAAAGUUAGCAGAGGUCAUACAAGAUUACAGCCUCGUCUCUUUUGUGCCUCUCAAUGUCCAGGACAAAGGAAGCAUGAUUCAGGUCUUACGAGCAGUGGACAAAGCCAAUGGCUACUGCUUUGGAGACCUGGAGGAGAGGAAUCUGCAAGCCAUGAUGUCAGCUGCUGUGGGGGCAGACUUCCAGUUCGACUCUACUCUCGGAGUGCAGGAGCGGUAUGUUGAAACUGGUGGAAAGACUGUGGAGGAGGAAAUGAUGGAUCUGUAAAUUGAAAAGCCCAAAUAAAAGGACAAAACUGGUUUUUAGCAUCAGUAAAGCAGGGGAGUCUUGGCAACAUCCAUCUCACUUGGCCUGAAUUCUGAGCCUCUCUACAAAAGCAGUGGAGAGAUAGGAACUAAAUUUGGGUGCUGUAGAUGCUUCAAGAUUGCACCACACCUCCUAAAAACCACAAUGAGGACGACUGAAGGGGGGUAAAUGAAGAGCUCUUCUCCAGGUUAUCCAGUUGUAUUUUUCACAAGGAAAUCUUCAAUAAAUCCCAAUACAUUUUCUUAAAAUGUAAAAAAUGUAAAGGCCUCAUUUAUGUUUUGUUUUGUUAGAUGUUUUUUUAGAAUACUCUUUAUCACUGGUAAUAUGGUCAUGUUUAUUAUAAAACAAUAAAGUGGCUGCAAAUAA